UAUUAUCCGUUACAUUCCCACUGUGUCAGGUUACAUUCGAAAUUCUAGUUUUUCUGUGAUUUUCUCAAAAUAUAUUCCAUUUCGACCGAUGAAAUAUUCUCUGUCAUUUUCAAAACAUUCAAAUAUUAAUUCUCAACGGAUACCGCGUUGCUUAACCUAAAUUUUUCCCCAUUGUAUAGCUUUUUUUUGAAAGAUCAGAAAAAGAAGUGAAAACCGAUUGGAUGACAACAAUAAAUCAUGCCAGGAAAAAUCAAAGUGAAGAUACUGGCAGGUAGGAACCUGCCGGUGAUGGACCGUUCUGGAGACACGACCGAUGCUUACGUAGAAAUAAAAUUUGGCAACACAACGUACAAAACAGACGUUUGUCGGAAGUCCUUGAAUCCGCAGUGGAAUUCCGAGUGGUACAGAUUUGAAGUGGAUGAUGCUGAACUUCAGGACGAACCUCUACAAGUUAGAUUAAUGGAUCACGAUACUUAUUCAGCAAACGACGCUAUCGGCAAAGUCUAUGUAAAUUUGAAUCCCUUGCUAUUGCCUGGAUCUCCGCUAGCUGUCAAAAACAUCUGGACCCUUGAAGCUACCAUGAACUCGAGUGGUGGGACCCAAGCUGGUGCAGUGAUGACUGGGUGGAUUCCCGUGUUCGAUACAAUGCAUGGUAUUCGUGGCGAAGUAAACAUAAUUGUUAAAGUCGAGUUAUUCUCCGACUGUAAUAAGUUUCGACAAUCCUCUUGCGGCGUCCAAUUUUUUUAUUCUCCGAACGUACCGCACGGAUAUCACGCACAAGUGAUCCACGGAUUCGUUGAAGAGCUCGUAGUGAAUGACGAUCCGGAGUACAAGUGGAUCGACAAAAUUCGAACUCCUCGAGCAUCGAACGAGGCACGACAGACUUUGUUUUUAAAGAUGAGCGGUGAAGUUCAAAGGAAAAUUGGCUUGAAAGCUUUGGAUCUCGGUGGAAACGCCGUCAUUGGUUACGUGCAAAAUUUCGAUUUGGAAGGAGAAUCAGGAAUCGUGGCACGUGGAAUUGGAACGGCCGUCACGCUCGUAAAGAUCCAGGACAUUUCGUCGACUCUUCCACUCGAACCUUCGAAUAUCGAGGAUCUAACGUGUUUUGGUUUGCAAACGAAAAAUCUCGGUGAUUUUUCCGAGAGUGACGACAGUUUGCCAUUGCUUGCAAAUUCGCCGAGUCACAGCCCCGUGCCCUGUUCCCCCAUUAACAUACGGCCGACGACGAUUAAUCCGAGAUUUCCAAAGUAUGAAAAAUCGCCGAAGCACCAGCGACGAGUGACGAUGCGAGUCGCCGAAUACAGAGCGGCAGCGAUGCGGGCGCGACAGUUUUCGCUGCAGAGCAGCAGCGCUCCGAGCAGUGGACCGAUAAGAAAGGGGAUAGGAUCGAGUUUGUCCCUCACGGAUGAUCUCAUAAGCGAAUCAUCGUUGAAAAACAUGUUGGCGUUGGAGGACAUGCGAGGUGAACCAGCGGGCAAUCCGUUUUCACGUGGUUUGAAGAACUUUCGUUAUUUGCAUCAAAACAUCCUGCCGAAACGAGUGGCCCAAAUAAAAUCGAGGUUCGCUGAUUCCUUCGACGACGAGAGCGACCCGGACAGCAGUUAUUCGAGCACGUGGUCGUUGGCUGGCUCCGAAUCUAACAGAUCGUCGAUCGCUGACUUGAGACAAUCGAUAAGACGGAAAAAGUUCACCCACAAAAAAGGCAGCGGGAACGACGGCAUCGCCGCUCUCCUCAUCCGCUCGGUACACGCGGGAUUUCCGCUCGACAGCGUCAAGGAAGAUCGGGAAACUCCGGCUCCCUCCCCCGUGAAUUUUCUCGUCGAUUCAACCGAGUACAGCGAUGAUCAAGCGCCCCCGACCAACGACAAUGAAGCAGCAAAUUCGAACGCCGAAACGAGCAAACCUUCGGACGCUCGUGCGAACCUCGAAGACAAAAAUAUCCUUACAAAAACAAAGCUCGGCCCGAAAUACGCCAGCGACAGAUCCAUACCGAUGAUCUCUUCCUCCGAAUCCGACACCUCGACUUCCGACGACGACGAUCCCUCCGAAUCGAGUACCAAUUACAAUAUUCUCGAUGAAACUUAUUCUCUCAUCGAUCCAAACUCUCCGGACGAGCGACCAUUCCCCCGGAGAUUUCAAAGCGCUUCGAAAGCUUCGAAACCUUACGGCAGCUCCGAUCAAUCCACUCAGCCUCCCUCAUCCCCUAUAAAAAUCAUCAAGCACUCCUUCGAGAGCAACAACGUCGCUGAAAUCGUUCCAGUUAGGGAAGAAGAUUCUUCUCAGUCCCAGAAAGAUCGUAGCUUGGAAUCCAGCACCGAUUACAAUAUUCUCGACGACAUUUCCUUGCCACCGGAAACUAAAUUUUUAGAAGAUUCCAAGCUCGAGGUACCGCCGAAUUCCGAGGUUACCGAUUUCGCCAGCAACACAAAUAUCGAUCGAUUCGACUUCUCAACAACUCUGCAAGUCACUGAGAUCGUUGAACCCCAUUCGGAAAUCGCAGACACUAAAUUCUCUAUUUUCUCACCAGAUUCUCAUUCGGAGAGCAGCCAAGAUUAUCAUUUUCCUGAUGACACGCAAUCUCUCAUAAACCCCAGUUUGCCCGACGAAGAUGAACCGUUUGCGGAAGUUCCACUCACCUCGUGGUUCCUCGCUUCACCGUACAGCGAAAAAAAUCGCCAGAAUCUGGAAUCUGAUACAGUUACCGAUGUAAAUCGAUUUUUUCAGGUUGAUUCACCGCUCCCGGAAAAACGGAUUUCCGUAUGCGAGCAGAUCUCAAGCCAGAACGACCUUCGUGACGUCAUUGAUAAGCCGGGAUCGAUGUCGUCGCCGAAUACCAAAGAAAUCGUGCGAUUCAUCGGAGAAAUCGAAAAAACGGAAAGAUCGGAUGGAAACGAGAGUGGCACAACUUUCGGAAAAGAUGAAAAAUUGGAUUCCAGUACGGAUUACAAUGUUCUCGAUGACAGUUGCUCCUUGAACGCACCGAGUUCAUUCGACGAGGAAAGCUUGGAUUCCUUUAUUCGUAAGUCUUUUGAAAAUACAAAUUUCAUUGAAACUGCCACGGCCGGGGAGGAAAUUUCGGCAUUGUGUGCACACCGAAUCGAGAUGGAGCCCGAAGUCUCGAAAACACUUGAGAAACCACCGACCGAUAAUGAUUUUUCGUUUGAUUCUCAAGCGGAGCGAAAUUUGAAUUCAAGCACCGAUUACAAUGUUCUAGAAGACACGGUCGAUGCGGAGGAAUCCCCGAAAAUGAUAGCGAACUUAAUUUUACCAUUGGCACUGAAAGAAAUCGAAAAAAGGCCGGAUAAAACUGAAGAAGACGAAGUUACGAGGAAAGAUCAUUUCGUAGCUCCCUUCUCGACGAAUUCUUCAACGGCCUCGAGCAACGCUGAUAAAAAUCUUAAACUUUCGUCACCGAAAUCUUCGAUCGACUCCGCUCCCCAAUCUCCAUCCAGUGGCAGACUGCCACAUUUGAAAUUCCUGCCGAAACAGAAGCAUUUCGACAGCGUGGACGAUCCGGAUUUUGUGACGAGUACACCGGUCGAAGCGGAUGCGACUCCGCCGGAUUUUUCGCCCGUAGAAAAAUCCCCGGAGUCACCGGACUCGAGGAUAUGGGAUUUUUCUAUUUUCCCGUCGAUCCCGAGGCCGGAAUUGUGCGCCAUCAAGGGCGAGGCAUCGAGCAGCGAAGCAAGGUCACCUGUGGAUCUGACGAACUCGAAAAAGCUCGAAGAAAUGUGCGAAAAGCAAAUUUGCCCUCUGGGCGUAGCUUUCGAUAAAAUAACGAUGUUGGGCGAUUCGAAAAUCAGCAGUGAACCGGAAAAUUCCAAAGAAUACAAAGCCACGAGCGACGUGCAAAGUUCUGGAGCCGGAGAAACCGAAAAAUUGCAAGAAACUGAUUAUUCCCGGAGCCAAGAGAGUGCUGGAGCGAAGAACCCGAGGAAAACGCAGAAAAAGGUUGAACGAACGGACACUGUGAUUUACAAGGGUCCGGCCAAAGAUCGUGAGAAACCAUUCGUUCGUUCAGGGACUCGAGAAUCAGUGAAAUCGGUCAAAAGUAAAAAAUCUGCAUCGAGCCCGAUACCGAUAGUCGUGGCACCGCCUCCCGAGGAAAAAACCAGUCGAUUGCAGGUCCCGGUGAUCCAAACGACGAACAUAAACGUGCAGAGUUGUCGUUCACCGGAAGAGCUGAAGGAGUGUCAACAGUUCGGUGCGAACGUAGCGCUCAAGAAAAUCCAUGCCGAGGAGUUGACGUUGAGUGAAAAAUUCACGAGAAAAUAUCGCCAGCAUUGCAUGCUCGAUUUGAUUAAAACGAUAGACACGAAAAUGAUGAUCCACCACAUGCACCACGAGCGACAUGAUUCGACGCGAAGUAAACAGCGCAAGAGGCGAGAGAGAAUGAACGCGAGCGCGACGCCGUCCCCGGACUCGAUUCAUCGCACGAGAACCCACAGGAGACGUUCGCGAUCGCGAUCCCCUGACAGGCCUCACGUUCACGGCCGCGGACACGUCUCGACUCUGACGACACACUCGUUUCCUAUGAAGAAUUCUUCCACUUCGAAUCUCGCCCAAGAUCCCGUGUCUUCGGAGUCCUCUUGCUGCGAAAACGUACCAAAAACCAAUGUCGCAGCUCCAACCAGCUCCUCGAAAGAUCAAAACCCAACGGAGAGAGAAAACAAUCCAAGAAAAAACGACGAGCGAUCGUCCAACAAUGUCCAUCCAAUUUCCUCGGAAUUGACUCUUAAUAUUUCUCCCCCCGACGUAUCAAUUACGAUAAAUAACGAGUUGAAUAACGAGCCGGAAAUAACGAUUGAUUCCCAAUUAAAAACGAGCUCGAAUUUGCUUGCUCCCAAAGACUCGGAACACCCCGUUUUCAAGAGCCACAGCGCUGGUAGCUUAGAAUAUUUUUCCUCGCGUCCAUCCACCCUUAUUACUAAAAAUACUAACACUCCUAAUAUCACUGACGAUUUGUGUGUGCCUUGCUCGCAACUCACCCAUAGACAGCAGGACGAACAACCCUCAUCACCGCUUCCAACGUCAUCGGGUGGUUUGCCAUCGUCAUUGGGCUCAAAGGUCACUCCUAACGCAUCGUCCGCUAAGAACAGCACUGCUGUACCCAAUAUGCACAGGAGAUCUAGCGACUCCGAUCUCAGUAUUACGCCCAAAGGAUUUUAUAGAUUCGGUCAUAAACGAAACUCAUUGGCCGGUAGCGACAGAUCGAUGGGUGGGCAAAUGAGGCCCUCGACCGCUAUCGUAAGAACGAUGAAUCAGGAUACGAUGGAAAUGCUCGAAUAUCCGUUCAUCACCAUGCAACAGUAUCCACCUGGUUUUAUUCUGAACAUCGGUGGCCUUGUGAGCGCGCGAUCCGUCAAGUUAUUAGAAAGGAUAACAAAUUUAGAAGAACCUGAAGGACGCGACGCUUGGUGGACGGAAAUACGGAUGGAAGUCAGAUCGCACGCUCGUGCUCUUGCCUGUAACGUCGUUCUUGGUUACAAGGAGGAAAUUAGCAUAUGUGACGACGUAUGCGUGCUCAACGCCUCGGGAACCGCAGCUGUGAUAAAUUUGCUCAACGCGAGUCAGGACCAGGAUAAUGCGCUUCUAAGUCGAACGACAAUGACGACGUCAGUGGAAAGUGAACGGGAGAAGACGCAGCCAAAAUCGAAUGUAGGAAAAAUGGAAAAGAGCUGCGAAGAGACCGUUUCACCAGGACAACAGCAGACUCAAGCCAGUGGAAAAUUGAAGAGAACAUCGGAGAGCAACGAUCACGAAAUUCCUUAUUUACCGACACUGAGUGCUUGCAGUUUAUGUCAUUUGCCUUAUAGCGAAGCGAGCGUUCCGUUUCGCGUCGAUGUGUCGAAAUGCGCAAUAUGCAAACGUGCCAAAGUCCCCGACGUGCUUUUCACGACGAUUGAACUUCCGGAGAAUGUACCGAUGACCGGCAGAGGCGUUUUCGUUCAAGCCACCGUUUGCAAAUGCAAGAGAGAUCUGCGAGGCGAACUCAAUGCCAAAGAAAUAUCCGAUUGCCUCCCCUUUCUCGAGUACGAACUCCACAGUCUUCUGCUCAACAAGCUCAAAGUCAAGGGCAUGAACGCUAUUUUUGGCCUCAAAGUCCAAGUCUCUGUCGGCGAACGCCUCGUCAUUGGCAUGGCCGCUGGUACCGCUGUUUAUCUCACCGCGUUGCCCACUCCAACUAUACCCAAAAUCGCGUCCGGCAACUCCUGGCACAACGAAGAACAGUUGGCUGAAAUACAGAAAAAUCUCAUUGAAACUGUUAAGAAAAAUCGGGAAUUUUAUCGUCUCAAACCGAUCGUUGAAAUUGAGAACGGACGUUCCAUUGCGACCUCGGACACUGACGAGUCCGAUGAGGAUUUGCCUGAUUUGGAUCUCGGUAUCGGCACCAAAGACGCUUGCGUUCUCGAGGUCGACGAUGUCGAGGACAUGGAUCGAAUAAAUCUUCUUAUGGACGAAAGACCUCCCGACGAUUUUCACGUUGUUAAUACUCAGAUUAUACCAGGCUUGGAGGAUCUCGAAAUUGUACGAAAUUUGCAAAUGUUCACACAAAUAUCGAGAGCCAAAAUACCAGCCGGACAGUUUGCCUCUAUGCCUUCAAAAUAUUUUGCCCGAAUGCUUCAGACGGUUUUGUUCAAACUUCGGCGAAUGGUGCCAUGCGCCCUGUGCGACAUGCAAUUCAAAGUUGCGCUACCUGAGCAGGACGAAAUUCAGUUGUCGGUCGUCGGUAUGGCUCUGGGUCUCGGUGAGCCAACCAGAUUCAGUAAAUACAAGAGAAAAAUAAUACCGAAUUCUACGAGUAAAGAUCCGGUGAAAAAAUCUGACGAGGCUGAUUUAAUAUUCAGUCUCGACGAGGAUCAAGUUGACGUUCCAACAGCAGCACAGGAAACCAUGACAAAUCAAUCGAACCCGAACGCUACGAAUUCGUCACCUCUCACAGGACUUUCGACUCAAAAGCACAGGCCACGUUCGCCAUUCCGUACAAAAUCUCAUUUUCAACACAGACACAAACAUGUACCCCUCAAAGAACGCUACGGAGUCGAUAUAACGCCCCUGUCGUAUUUACCCGGUGGGAAAAUCGAGCGAUACUUAGGCAAUCUCAAUUUCUUUUUCAUUCGUGAAAGCACGUCAAUAAGAGAGAACGGUGGUCUCAGUGGCUUUACUCAUAGUUUCGUGACCGAAGUUUUAGCGAUCAUUCGUGCCCACAUAACCGCGCUCGGCGGAAAUGCGAUGGUGGCAUUUUUCAUGACUCAGUGCGUUCUUCUCCACAGUCCGCACAAAAAUCAGGGCCAAUGUCUCAUCAACGUCGGCGGGGAUGUCGUGACAGUGUCAUACUACGGCGACGAGAAGUAUCAGCUCAAUCAGAAUUGCUGACAGCAACCACCGUACUCGGCGCCACCUUAAUAAACUUUCUCGUAUUGGCAAACGCAGCGACAGCAUGCUGGGGAGACAACGUUUACGUAAACUUCCUGCUUUCGAAACAUCCAUUCGGUGGCGACGAGUGUGGCUUUAGAUCAUCGUGAGAGAAAAAGAAGAAAAAACAAUUGAACAUUUUUCCCUAAUUCGAAUUCAAUCGAGCUCUAUUUAUUUCGCUGAUCGAAUGAAAACCGCGCGAAAUAAUCAACGUUUCGGUACAAACGUGAAAACUUUUCGAGUCGAUUGCCACCUACAAUUAGUAAACCUCGAAGUUUUCGGUCCGUAUGAAUAAUAAACUGUAAAAACAAAGCGUUUACACCUCGUACAAGUAGCGAUAAGUUUCCGGUUGUUAUACCUUGUGUUCACGUCUCGAAGCCUUGCCCGAAUUUGCCUGGGCCCCGGUAGUCAUUAGCUAUAAGCGUAUACACGACGUUAGCCUGUACGAUUAGUCUUAAUAACGCGUUUUCGAAGCAGAAUCAAUAAUUUCAGUGAUAAUAUUAUACAUAAAUUAAUAUACAAAUGUUAUUAAAGCGUUGAAUUUGAAGGGAGGAGUUUCGUCUUCUGCUCCUCGAGAGAUACGUUUUGUCAGACAAUAGUUUAACUCGCGCAGUUUAUCGAAUUCGCCCGUCGCUCGUUUCGAGAGACUUGAAAACUCCGUUACCGGCUCCUUCGAUCAUUCGAGUUUCAAUGGAUAGCGCGACGGUUAUGGAGCCGGCGAAAAUACGAAUUUUCGAAAGAUUCUAUAAUGAAAUUCCACAGUCGUCUUGGCUCGGUCACAAAGUCGAAAAACACAAUUUUUUCUUACUGCUGAAUGCAAGCUUUCGAUUCUCUCAUAAACGAAGCCUCGAAGUCUCUGCGAUCGCGAUGCUUAACACUUGUUUUUUGAGAACUUUUAACCAGGACACGGAAGCGAGUUGUACAUAAUGUGUUUAGAGCUUGAUCGAGGCAUCCUGCGCCAGUGAUACAACGAAGGAAAAUUGUUUCGUGGAGAGUUAUCGCAGCCAAUAAUUCCAGCCCAAUGAUGUACCCUUUUUGCAGAUUUAUUUUUCUUCUUUGUUAAUAUUGUUAGUGUUAUUUGUCUUAAAUCAAAUGUAGAUAAACGAGUGAAUCACGAGCCCGAAAGAGCGCGAAAUUUCCGUAUGUUCUUGCCACAUCGAACGGUGUCAAAUGUUUGUCCAAUUUUUUUUCUUCCCUCGCUCUCUCCAUCCGAUCAUUGAUUGUGUCCACUCAAUGGUGCUGUACCACACCGAUUACUGCGAAUCUCUGUACAUAAUUCGUUUUAACGAAAACAAAAAUAAACUUUAUUUCAGCA